AUUGAGGACGAGAUUGAGGACGAGGACGAGAAUGAGAACGAGGACGAGAAUGAGAACGAGAAGGAUGCGCUUGCUAGGCCAUCAGACUCAACGCCUGCCACCGGCCCAGCUCGGACCUACCACGAUGCACCAUCACAACGCAGGUCCGAUAGAAUCAGAAGCAGCACAAAACGCGGUUCUGAUCACUUGCCCUUCAACGAGCCUCCGAUGAAGCGAUCCAAGCAAGGGGAGCAGGAGGACAACGGAAAUGAGAAUGAGAAGAAGGAGGAAAAGAAGGAGAAGAAAAAUCCCAUCAUCCAGAAUGGUUUGUAUGUCGCGGAGAUGUUCGCAGCUCAUGUCGCACGUCUGCACGUCAUCUCCUUUAUAGUGAAAAACGACAUCAUUUAUAUCUGGUAUUUUGAUCGUCAGAACACGAUUCAAUGCUCUGGUAUCAACUUCGUUCAGGACCUUCCACGCUUUAUGGUCCUGCUCUUCAUCAUGCAGCGCAUGAAAUACAAGCAAUGGGGCCUUAACCCGGUGUUCGAACCUGAACCUGGAUUUUCGGGGGAGAUUAAAGUUGAGGAUAAGAAUUUGAAGAGCACAGUCGACCUUCAAUUGGAUUUGAAAUCUCCAGAGCGCAUGACUCAUUUCGGUCUACGCGGACGCGCAACCACCGUGUUUCCAGUGAAGAGCACGGUGCUAUCGAGUCUGCCGAGGAAGCCCUAUUUUUGGAACCAAACCGCCGAAUUGGUUGCCAAGCUCUUUUGGCCAGAAGAGACACGUCAGAGCGAACCCGACAUCCUCGAGGAGGUCUAUAAGAUUGCGAUAGAGGAGCCGGAUGUGUUGGGCCACGUUCCAGAGAUGGUCUGGUUCUACAAGUUCGACGAAACAUCCACGGCGAUAAUUAGAAGGGCGCUAGGAUUCGACGAUGCCGAACUGGGUCACCGUGUCCUAUUCAUUAUGGUGUUCAAAAAGCUUUUUCCAAUCACGACGCUGGUGGAAAAGGAGUUCCUCGUCGCGUGGUGGCAAGUUGUCAAGUGCCAUCGCGCCCUCUGGAGGAGAGGUGUGCAUCACCGUGACGUCAGCCCCAACAAUCUCAUGGUGUACCGCUUAGGUAAUCGUUUUAUCAGCGUCCUCAAUGAUUUCGACUUGGCAUCAAUUGUACAAUUGUUGUCGUCGAUUAAACAACGCUCUAAAGGGUUCGAGCGCACAGGGACGGUCCCGUUCAUGGCCUUGAAGCUUCUCACACGACGAGCCAUCUUAGGCGAAGUCGAGCACGUAUACCAGCAUGAUGCUGAAUCGUUCAUCUGGGUUCUCACCUGGAUUUGUCUUCGGUAUCAAGGUGGCAAGCUCCUCAGAAAGAACAGACCACUGGAUGAAUGGCUGACCGUGGAUGCCAUGGGAUGCCAUGAGAAAAAAACCAGCUUUAUGGCAGAGUUGCUUGAGAAGCGUCCAACGCGAUCGCAUAAAGAGAACUUCAAUGUUGCCAUGCGUGGCUUAGCGGUGGUCAUCAAAUAUACAAGCCCAUUCGAGAUCGUUCCAACGGACGAUGAAGUGGUGUUCCAAACAUGGCUCCAGGAACAUAUGCCGGCGGAUGCGCUUCGAGACAAUGUCUUGCCUGGACAGUAGUAGGUAGUAUACUUGCAACUGAGGCAGCGUGCCUCCGAAAUGUGAUGUUACAUACUAUUUGUAGAUUGAACCACGAGCUUAGCUCGCCAUCCUCAUCUUGUAUCGACACACCAA